AUGGAAAACACAUUUCUUCCACCAGGUUUCCGUUUCCAUCCAACAGAUGUUGAAUUAUUAAAUUACUAUCUCAAGAGAAAAGUCAUGGGAGCCCCAUCCCAUUUCCAAGUGAUUUCGGAGUUAGACCUAUACAAAUAUUCUCCUUGGGACCUUCCAGGAAGAAGUCAAUAUCAAUCUAGUGACAACGAGUGGUACUUCUUUUGUCCCCGAAACAAGAAGCACGCAAAUGGUUCAAAGAUAAAUCGUGCUAAUGAAUUUGGAUACUGGAAAGUUAGUGGAAGAGAUAGAACUAUUUCUCAUGGGGAACAAAAUUUGGGAAUGAAGAAGAUCCUUGUCUUUUACACUGGACGGCCGCCAAGAGGUGCCCGAACAAGUUGGGUAAUGCAUGAAUAUAGACUACUUGAUAAGGACCUCGAUAUCAACAUACAGGAUUUGUAUGUACUCUGUAGAGUUAUCUAUAAGAGUGGUGUACAGAGUGGAACACCAUUGAACCAGGAAAAUUGGGACUCAUGUCAAAAUGAUAUGCUAAACAAUGCUGCUUUUGAAUCACCUCAACUUCCUGACCAGCCCCCUUCACAGCAUGUGAUGGCUGAUGAUGAUCAAAAGAUAUCUAUGGUGAUGAAAAGCAUGCCAGUUGACACAAACGUCUUCUCAUCUUCGAUAGAGGCUUUUCCCAUUUUAACAGAGUCAAGUGGAGAAUUUACUUUUUCCUUAGAGGGUGACAAUAACUUAACAAAGGUUGAAGAAACUACUUGGCCUGUCGACAACAAUAAUAAAAAUGAGUAUCAGGACUUGUUCAAUUUCAAUCAAAGUGAACAUGAAGCUCCACCAAGUUGGGAUGGUUGUGAUAUAUUCAAAGAUUUGGAGGAUCUUGGCUUCCUGGCAGAACUUAACAAGAUUAAUGGUCACUAUAUCUGCAAUAGUCAGGCAGCAGAUUGUGUUACAGAUCAAAUGUUGCUUGAACAGAAUGAGUUCUUGAGAGCAGCAAAAGAGUCUGAAAUUAACCCUAAUAGGGGAUUUGGUGUGCACUAUUCAGAAAUAUUAUAUGAUCCAAUACUUGAUAUUCCUAUCCCUCAAUCAAUUGAUGGGGAACCAAUGAUCCUACAGGAACCACAUUGGUCACAUGAGCCUCUUGAUAUGUCUUCAAAGCUGAACAACAAUUUUGAAGUAACAAAAAUUAAUGAAGAUGAAGUAUUGUCUCAUAACCCAGCUACUGCUCCCUGGGAACUACACAAAGAAUAUGAAAGCUUUUCUGUUACAGAAUCUGGAACACAAAGUGCCAUUUAUUCAAGUCUCCAAUCCUUAUUGGAGUCCAUCCCUGCAAGCCAUGCCUCAGCUGUGGAAAAUCCAGUUCAUAAUAGUGGCUGGUCCUUGGGGGUGCAAUCCUUUGAUAAACUAUUACAAAUUAAUGGCUCAAGCAAGCAUCCUUCACCUACUCAUAAUUACCAAAUGCUUAAUCAACCUUGGAAGAGAGCUUCACCUGGAAAGGGAUAUAAGUUUGUGGCUGGCCUAGUCGUGCUCUCAGGGACAUCAUGGUUUGUUCUUGUCUUAGUGUUUGCCAAGAUUGCUCGGCUUCUAUGGAAGAUGAUCUUUUCUUAA